AUGGCUAGCCAACGGGCCCUGUGGAACAUCAUCUGCUGGAACUACGCAGCCGAUAUCUGCAAGACUCUCGAGAACACAGAGCACGUCCACAAUGACGUGCUCCAUUACCUCUACAGCAUCUUGGAGGCAGCCAGAGCCAGAGAACCGUCGCAACUCAUUGCGAGGCUCGCAAGCCUCCCGGACACGACAGCAAGGGAAAUGGUGGGUGCCCUGGAAGCACUCAACAUAGGUCACGCAGGGUCCGACCCGGACGGAGGGCCGGGCAAGGGCAAGAUGAGACAGAAAGAUGAACUGGAGGGGAAGCCGUACUUCCACAGCGCCGAGCGCGAGUGUUUCUGGCUGAUAGUCCUGGAGCUGUUUAAGGCGGGCUACCUGGGCGCCAACACUGACGGGUCCUCGCGGGAGGCGAUAUCGAACUUUGAUGCUCUGCACUACUUGUACAGGUUGGACGUUGAGGAUAGGAGGUGCCGGCGGAACGAGGAGAUGGAGCUGAGGAACCCCAGCCACCGUUGGUAUCACGAGACGUCUGACAAGCAGGUAGUAUGGUGUGUGAGAAGGAUGUGGCCCCUUGUCGAAGACAAGCUUGAGGGCAGGGAGAGGGAGGCAUGA